UUCUCUUAACAAUUUUGAUGAUUUUAUGACAUGGCUAUUGAACGACAUGGUUGCAUUGGCAGAUGUUCACCAACGGAAUGAGCGAGAGCAUUUCGUCGAAGGUUCUUUUACAGGAUGUGCCACUAGAAGCAUUUAAGGCUAUGCUUGAAUUCAUGUACUAUGGAGAACUCAACAAGGAAGACACCAUGGAUAUUGAUACCUUGCUACUCCAGCUUCUUCAUUUGGCAGAUCAAUUUGGGGUUACUCUCCUUCAUCAGGAAUGCUGCAAAACACUUUUGGAAUGCCUGUCAGAGGGAUGGAGUUCUAUUGGAAGAAGGUCAUACAACAAGAAUUUUUCUAUUAUGCACAAGUUUAUUGGACGAGGAAGCAGACACUUUUGGCAAAGUAAUUGGUUUGUUGUUUCUAUAGCUAACCAUUGAACUUUGUUGCAGGACGUAGUGUGCCCAGUUCUCCAAGUGAUUUCGUCUGUUCCUCCAUGUAAACUUAUUGAAGAAACAUGCAAGAAGAAAUGUUCAGUGCACUUCGAUUAUUGUACAACUGCAAGCAUUGACUUCGUUUUGUUAGAUGAGGCAACAUUUAGCAAGAUUCUUAAGGUGGGUUCUUUCCUUCAAAGUUGUUUAUGACAAUGAGAUAACAAGAAUGAGUGUUUUGCAUUUGCUUCAAUGCAUCAUAUAUUGUAAAGUCCAGUGUGGAAGGUCCAAGAAUUUCCAAUAUGGAGUUUGCUAGUAACAGAAACAUGAAUAAAGGAUUAUUCUGUAUUAAUUAUACAGGAAACUAUUUUCAACAAAGAAAAAG